AUGGGGGUGCGGGGUUUAACAACGUUUAUCGCCAAAAAUAGUGAUAAAUACAUGGAGUAUUUUGAACUGCACAAUACAUACCUAAUAAUAGAUGGUAAUAACUUAGCGGCCCAGCUCUACCGGUGGCAUGCCAAGUGCGUGGAUUGUUAUGGAGGUGAUUAUGACCAAUAUGCAAACACAGUCAGAACGUUCUUCCAAAAUUUUCAACGUUGUAACGUAACGCCGCUGGUUAUCUUCGACGGUUGUUAUGAAAACAAGAAACUAAAGACAAUUUAUGACAGAGUGAGAGACAGAGUCUCAGCAACAAAACGCCUAAAUGCAUACUCUGAGGGAUCAGUCUCUGUUUUCCCUUUAUUUUUACGGGAACUUUUUUCCGAUGUUGUUAUUAGCACAGGUUGUAAAACUUUUCGGUGCGAAUUCGAGGCUGAUUAUGAGAUGGCAUGUCUUGCAAAGACAAUUAAUGCCCCAAUCUUAAGCUAUGAUUCAGAUUUUUAUAUUUUUGAUGUUUUGUACAUACCUUUCUCUGGACUUGAUUCGGUUCCGAGGAUGAAAAAGGAUGCUAAUGGAAAAACUUAUCAUUUUAUGGAAUGCAGGUUGUAUAAAGUUGAUAAUUUUCUGAGAGCUAUUGGUGGGAUGGAUAAGGAUGUUCUACCAUUGCUGGCAACGGUGGCUGGGAAUGAUUAUAUUGCUGCAGGAGUGUUCAAAGAGUUUUAUGCACAACUGAAAAUGGUUAAGAGAAAAAGAAUGGAUUCUGACCAACAAAGGAAAAUCGAAUCUCUUAUCAAAUGGUUACUGAAUGAAACAUAUGAAACAGCAGCAAAAAAAAUUCUGGGUAGAAUAAAGCGUGAGCACCGUCGAAAGCUCGCUGAUCAAAUGGAAGAAGUCUCUAAAGGCUAUCACUGUGUAAAAAGUAAUUUACUGCCACAUUUUGGCAUAGAAGAAUCACAUACAUCACAGUCCUCCAUUAGAAAGGCAAGGCGCGAUUCACAAAUUGAUUUAUCUACUAUUCCGGAUGAUGUAGUCGAGUGUUCCGUGAGCGAUCCCAACUUCAUAGACGAAGAAAGUAGUCACGUUCAAGCUGCACCUGGAGAGUUAAAUUUGGAAAAAAUUGUGGGACAUUUUCCAGAUUGGUUUGUUCAUCACUAUCAAUCGUGCAAAUUUCCUGCUUGGUUUAUGGAUAUUGCCGUUCGCAAUCGAUAUUUUUUUAUUCCUCAAAUGGAAAAUCACGAUCAUUCACACUCGCACACGAUAAGUUUAGAAUUGUUAUCAGCUUUACAUAAAAUUUUACGGUCCAAUGUCACCAAUGAUGAGGAAAAACGUCUGUGCAAAACGGAACUUACUUAUAUUUCGAGACAAGGGAAUAAUUACAUUGCGAACACUCUAUUGCCUUUCUGCACUUUACAACUGCCGACUUUGAAUGAAAUCCCGGGUAUGACAUCUGAUGAAUUAAAAAGUUACUUGCAUGAUAUUGUUGAAAUGGACGCUACUGAAGUGAAUGAUUUCUUGAAAAAGUUUGAAAAUGACUGGAAAUUAUACGUAAUAGGGAUUUUAUUUUGGGCGAAGCAAUUUCCUGAAGUGAAUAAAAUACAUAUAUAUGCACUUGUUUUAAGUGGGAUCACUUUAAACACUGUAAAUAAAAAAGUUGGUUACGUUCGAACAAUGAAAGAAUUAAAUCGCAAAAUGAAAAACGCCCCGGAGCUAACACCAUAUCUAAACUUCAUUAAAGAAGUUAUGCAAUAUUUUUAUAUGGAUGAGAGAAGUACGCAUUCAAAGAGGUCCUAUGAUAUCUACACCAUAGAUCGUUUUGCAAGAUUGCAGAGCGCGCUAUUUCACUUAAAAUAUAUAAACAAACUUCUACUGUGCCCGUAUGAUGAUUUCUUGAUUUCGGAUUUUUACAAUGGCACGUUUAUUUACAACGUGUUUUCUGCGCUCAAACGGCGCGCGGAUCCACUCACGUUUUUGAAAAACAUGUUUGCUGCAUGUACGGAUAUCUUCAAUCAGUUCCUGCAAAUUGCUAUUGAGAUCACAUGUAAAUUGGAGAACAUUGCUGAAGGCAAUAAGAAACCCAGGAAGAGGAAAAAUCGACAAAAGAGUAAUGAUAGUGUUGACACUGAGAAUAAGAUUGAAGCUAAGAAAUCAGACAACCAAGAUGAUGCGUCUGCUUCAACAAGCUAUGAUCCUAAUAAUAUAUAUUCUGUUUUGACAAUGGAAUAAAUUUUAAGAUUCAAAUUGUACAAAUUUGUUUAAUUUUUAGUUUGUUGGCGUUUUAUAAGUAUUUUGGACUUUAUGUUUUAUAUAAAGUUAUUUAAUAUUUUCCUUUAAGCAUAAUUCCAUUCCAACAAUUCAUAAAUUCUUUAAAAUUGCCUUUUUAUAUCAUUUUUAUUAUAAAACUAUUAUAUUGUUGUUUAAAUAAAUAUUAGAAUUUUAAAACUUUGUACAAA